AUGAAGUUUGAGACCAUCCUGGAUGAAGUCAGCGGCUUCGGGCCUUUCCAGAUCAUCAUCGUCGUCCUGCUGUGCUCCCCUCGGAUGGUUCUUCCUCUUCACUUCAUGCUGACCAACUUCAUCGCCGUGGCGCCUCCUCACCGCUGUGACAUCAGCUCGCUGGCCGAUGGAGGACUCUUUGGAAACCUGACUCAGGAGCAGAGGCUGACCGUCGGCAUUCCCCAACGAGAAGAUGGAGGACCGAGAUCCUGCGAGAUGUUUGCAGAGCCUCAGUUCCAGCUUCUAUCCAACAGCUCCAGCAGCGGUCUGCCCACGGUUCAGUGUCGGAGCGGAUGGGUUUACGACAACUCCACCUUCACCUCCACCCUGGCAACAGAGUGGGACCUCGUCUGCGACAGAAAGAGUCUGACCAAAACCUCCAGCUCGAUAUUCUUUUUUGGAGUCAUGCUCGGGGCCGUGGCGUUUGGAUUCCUCUGUGACAAGUUUGGGAGGAAGAACACCCUCCUGGCCUCCUACAUCAUGUCCAUGGUGUUCGGCUUCUCCACCGCGUUCGCAAACUCCUUCGUUCUGUUUUCAGCGUUGAGGUUUCUCACCGGCUUCGCGCUGACGGGGCUCAGCCUCAACUCGCUCGUCCUCAGCAUCGAGUGGGUGGACACGGCUCACAGGUCGUUCAUCAGCGUGAUCGGGAGCCUGACCUGGUGUGUGGGGAACAUGCUGCUGGCUGGCAUCGCCUUCCUGGUGACCGACUGGAGGACGCUGACCAUGGCCGUGACGGCGCCGCUGGGACUGGCUGUUUUAACCUGGUGGUGGGUUCCUGAAUCUGCUCGGUGGCUCUUAGCCAACGGUAAGGUGGAGGAGGCUCAGUUCUACCUGGACAGGUGUGCAAAGAUCAACAGAAGACAGAAAAUGUCCUCCAGCUUCAAACUGGAGGCUCUGGCCAACAUGAACGUCCAGGAGAAGCAGGGGAGGAGCUACUCUUACCUGGACCUCAUCAGAACCCCGAAGCUGAGAUGGUUGACUCUGCAGACCGGGAUUAUCUGGUACGGAGUGGCCUCGACGUACUACAGCCUCAGCCUGAGCAUCACCGGCUUUGGCCUGAACAUCUACCUCACACACUUCAUCUACGCCGCCAUCGAGGUUCCUGCCAAGCUGACGGUUUAUUAUGUCGUCAACGUCUUUGGACGAAGGAAGUGUCAAGCAGGGACGCUGAUGCUGACGGCAGCCUGCGUCGCCAUAAACAUCUUCAUGCCCAAAGGCUGCAGCGAAGCUAAACGUGUGUCUCUAGAAGCAGCAGCAGCAGCAGCAGCACAGUGA